UCUGUCAUUGCAUAGAUAUAUCCCUCAGGGUAAACCCAUAGCUGUGACAGCAGACCCUGGAACACUGGGUCGUGCCAUACCAGUGGGUCCUGAUCUCAUGACGUCACAUCUCGUAAACCACAUAUGAACCUCUUCGACGCAGCAUUCCUCUCCUCUUUCUUCAAUCCAUUACACUCUAUUCACGCCUCUUCACCAUGUCCGAAUCCUUCGCUGCCAUUCGAAGCCGUCGCUCCGACGACCUCUCGCGCCUAGCCGACGAACACAUCCAACAAGACCUCCAACCCGAUGACCGCGACGCACUGAAGUCGGCCGCCUCAAGGGUGUCCUUCUGGACGGCUUUUGGCUCUGCAGUGGGUGUUGGACUGGGAUUAUACACUGCUUUCCGGCUGAGAAGUACACGACAUGCGUUCUUCCAGGCUUUCCGCGCGCAGGAGAAGCCGACGCAGAUUGUUUUCGCGGAUGGGCGCACGGAGUCGUUACCCGAUAUCACUCCCCUGUUGAAGCCGACUACGUUUGGUGAUUUCGCGACAUAUUUCUUUGCCUCUGCGGGUGGCUUGUUCUUAGGCGGGGAGCUUGGUCUUGCUGGAGGGGCUGCUGGUGCACAUAGCACUAUUACAUCCGAUCCUGCCAGAAAGGAGAGGAUUGAGAAAGCUUUCCGGAAGUUCCGAGCGGAUGUUCUACGCAAGGAGGCCGAUUCUUUGGACUCGGGGGAGAGCGUUUGGGAUAAGUUGUUCUAAGUACCCAAGUUGGUGUGGCUUGCAAAUUAUGAUUCUAGUCGUCUUGCGUCGAGUAAAUGUGCUGUUCAUUUAAUACCCUGAUCAUGAAUGAAAUUGGUGUUCAUGAGUGGACAUUUCUUCAAUACAGGCUAUUGCUACGAAGAUGAAUAAUAACCUUUAGCCA